UUUCUACUCCACUUCCAUUUCAAUCGUAGUCCCCUAGGCAUGUGAUCUUGAAUCGUCGUUUUUUCCUAGAUAAAAGUAGUUUGUUCUGAACACUGGAUAGUUGUCUAAGUUAAAUCCCGUGAAUCAUUCGAGCCGUGACAAUUCGGUUUUGUUUGGCACUUGACCUGCAUCAAGAGGUGUAUCCUGAACAAUAACUGUAUGUCGCAGGUCCUAACGACGGAAACGGCUCGCUGUCUAAAGGGGAUUCUUCUCUGCCAUCCUCUUUAGAGUCGUUAGGGCGUAACAGGGAUACUCGUGCGCUACUGAUGUCUCCUUCGUGCUUCUCUUGCAAAGACAUCAACAUCCAUUUAGUAGAUUGAUUGAUGGCGGGCCUACGUAUGGGUAGUUUUCUGGUGAAAAUCCACCUAAUUACAGUCAAUUCGCUUCAGUCCCUUCACUCGAAAUGUCCACUAUGGAAUGCGGAGGUUGGUAAGGAGCACGAUGUGUAAGACGCUGGCAUAUGAUGCUACUUGAAACACUUGUUCUACUUGUUCUUCUCAAAAUAAAACAGUUCCGGCUGCGCCUGAUAUUCAAGCGAUUUUCAAGACUCUGUCUGGGAAGGGUUUGUUGCGUAAGAGACAUUCAAGAAUUGCACGAGUUACGCGAGGAGUUAGGACACUGGUCCAGUCAUGAGCGAAAUCUUCGACGGGUACGAGAGGCAGUUUUGCGAGCUGUGUACUCACAUUAAAAAGCGUUGCAAAUCAGUCAGUUCCAAUGAAACGGAGAAGAAGCAGAAGUAUGACGAGCUCAAAACUGGACUGGAUCAGGCAGAGUCCUUGAUCAGGAGAAUGGAUCUGGAGGCGCGGACCUUGAUUCCCCCUUUGAAAAUUGCGCUUCUCACAAAGCUACGAGAAUACAAGUCAGACUUGAAUGUUCUUAAACGGGAAGCCAAAAAUUUCUUGGUUUCGAUAGAUUCACUUUCAGCCAGAAAUGAACUGAUCGAUUCUAGGCCGGGUGGCCUUCAAUCAAGGUUCGAAGCAGAUCAAAGAGAUAGGCUUGUAAAUGCCACAGACAGGAUCAAUCGAUCUGGCGAAAAGGUAAAGGAGAGCAGACGGCAGCUUAUUGAAACCGAAGACCUAGGUGUGCGAAUUCUUCAGGAUUUACAUGUUCAACACCAAACGCUUCUUCAUACACAACAGAUGAUGCAUGGAGUAGAUACCAAUAUUGCAAAGAGUAGCCGUUUGCUGAGUUCUAUGUCUCAGCGCUUCGAAAAGCACAAGUACAUAAUGACAGGCAUAAUAGCGGUUCUGUUUCUUGCGAUUAUGUUUGUUAUUUACAUAAAGUCUCACAAGUAGUUCGAACUUGAAGGAAGUUCUUGCAGGAUGUGAGGUUGAUAGAUGCAUGUAAGCCGACUUGCGAAGUGUAGCAUCAAUCUUUGAAUUGAAGACCAUGUACUAGUGGGAUUCAAAUCCAACAUGUUCGGAGCCCAUGUAGUUUUGUUGUGGCUACUUGAAACAUGGCGGGUUUUCAGUUUUUUCCGUAACUGUAAGCCAGCCAACAAUGACGUUGAUUUCAUGAGGUGUUCAUGUCACCAGUCCCAACAGAAAUACUCAUGUAGACAGUAAACAUGGUGCUGGCUUCCGAGUGCAUCUGAAAGGUUCUGCUCUCGUUAUCAGGUGAGUAACAUAUAAUCUGAAGAACUGGCAAUCAUAUUGUAUAAGCUAUCAAAUGUAUUCUCAGAUUCCAUA